AUGUCUGAUCAAAUGAGCCAUCAAGAAAGAAUCCACGAGCUAGCCCUCAGAAUGAAAAGACUUCGAGAAGAACUUAAGCCUUUCUAUAAAGGUAAACAAUUUCGAUCAAAUGAAAUCCCAGACCAUGUUAAAGAAGAAAUUUGUCGCCUUUACAACGAGCAUGGAGGUAUCCAUAUUUUAAUGCGCCUUUGCAAUAUAACUUAUGCACACAUUAAAGCUUGGCAUCGAGAAUGAAAAAAAAAUCCUAGCUGCUUCGCAGAAAAUGGUCCUCAAAGAUUUACGAAAAAGCUCAAUUAUAUUGAUGGAGUUUUGGGGGGAAUGGAUGAUUUAAGGACUCCUAAACUUAAUAUGACAAAGUGCACUAGACCAAAAAUUAAUAGAAAAGAAUUUAAAGGGACAAGCUCGCUAAAUGAAAUAAGAAAUAUGCUAGCUUCCCCCUCCAUAAGCGAGCAAAAAGAAUUUAAAAUUUUUUUUUGUUUGACAAAAAACAACCCUCAGUGACCAAAAAAUUUUUUUUAUAUAAAAAUAUUUGAUAAAAAAAAAAUUUAAUGCAUGAGUGAUAAUUAUUCUAUGAAAUCUUUAACAAAUUCUGUUGAAUUUUAGACAGCUUAAAUUCUAAAACAUUAAUAUUAUAAAUUAAUUAAUUUUCUCCUAUAAAAACUUAUGAGUAGGGAUUUUUUUAAAUUUUGAGUAAAAAUUUAAAACACCCCUAUAUAGCGAGCAAAAUAUUUUUGCUCAUUCAUGAACAGAGGGAGUAAGUAAUGAUGUACUUGAUAAAUGUGAAGAAAUUAGAAGGAGAAUGAAAAGUAACGGAACUGAUGCAGAAAUUGGACUAGAAAAUGAUUUGAAGUUAGAAAUUGUGAGGAUCGCUUUAAAGGUAGGCUGUGUGAGGCCUGUAGCUUUGGUGCUGGGACUGAGUGAAAGAGUGAUUUCAGGGUGGAAAGAAUUAUUUAUAAAGGAAAUCGAUGAGUGCCCAAAAGAGUUAUUUGAUGAAGUAUAUCAGUAG